AUGAUGGUAGGAGAAUACGAGCUCUUCAAGGAGACUAAGAGAGCAACCACAUACUUCUAUGGCGGAAAGCUCCUUGCCGAGGGACUCAAAGAAGGGGAAAGCUAUAGUCUCAGGGAGGAGUCCCAAGGGGAACCUGAUGAGCAAGUGCCUUUCUCUCUAAAGGUACUAGAGGAGAAGCUACCGAAGGGGUACAAGCCCUCGGCCAUUAGAGAGUAUGAUGGUAGCAAGGAUCCGGAGGAUCAUCUCCGCAAGUUCCGGAACGUUGCGUUGUUGCAUCAAUACAGCGAUGCUAUUAAGUGCUGGGUGUUCUUGAAUACUCUAUCUGGCUUGGUACAGAAAUGGUUUGAUGGAUUGUCGAAUGAGUCCAUUACUUGUUUCCAUGACUUCAAAAUUGUCUUCCUGUGCCACUUCGCCAAUAGCAGGAAGUACCAGAAGACAGACCACUGUCUCUUCGCCCUCAAGCAAGGGCCGGCCGAGCCCUUGAGGAGCUAUAUCAAGUGCUUCAAUCAGGUGGCUCAAGACGUCCCAUUCGCUACCUCGGAAAUAUUAAUGAACGCCUUCUCUUAUGGACUAGUAAAGGGGGAGUUCUUCCGAGAUCUCAUUCGAGACCCUGCGAAGAACUUUGAUGAGAUGCUCGGGAAUGCCACUAGCUAUAUCAACGUAGAAGAGGCUCAAGCGGCUCGACGGAAGGCGGACAAUGCGCCUACUCCCGCCAACAAACCAGAGAAGAGGCCACCCCAACCACCAGCUCAGCCUCUUCCACGUGCUCGGAUGCUCGAUCACCUUUCCCUCCUAGUCAGGAUCCCAGGCCGACCCAACGUGUGA